GAAUUACGCUCCCGGAGCUGAGUUGGUUUUCAUCAAUCAUCCCGGGAGGAGCAGAGCAUAUUUAUUCAAAGGAAUACCCAAGAAACCCGGAAAAGGAAUUUCAUAAUGCGGACACUUGUCCUCAUCGCACUGGUCCUAGUGACUGUGGUUGCCGCAGGAGUGCACCGUCAAGUCAAGCCAAACAAAAAAAAUCAACGGGACAUUUUCCUACAACUGCUGACGAGAAGUGCUGCACCAGAGCAACCACGCAAACCGACAGCAAGUAACACCCCCGACAAAGCGGUGGUGGUUGAGAAUUUCUUCACUACGCAAGUCGAUCACUUCAAUCUUCAAAACACAGAACAAUGGACGUUGCGAUACUUUUCCGUCACCGACUACUAUAAGCCCGGAGGACCCAUCCUUAUUUUCCUGGCUGGAUAUCGUCCACUCUAUCCGCAGAUGAUUGACGAACAGACACUUCUGUACGAGAUGGGACGGGAAAUGAACGGAGCGGUAUAUGGUUUCGAGACCCGGUUCUACGGAAAUAGUCGGAUUACCGAGGAUGUGAGCACUGAAAAUCUUAGACUGUUGAACGCCGAUCAGGUACUGGCCGAUUUGGCUGAAUUCGUGACAUAUUUGAGAAAUGAAGUCCUGGAGGAUCCUACUGCUCGAGUUCUGGUUGCUGGAGCCGAGUAUGGCGGUGGUUUAGCGGCGUGGUUCCGUAUCCGGUAUCCUCAUUUAGGAAACGUAGCUUGGGCUUCAAGUGGAUACAUGAAUGCUAUCAUGAAUUUCGAAGCCUUUUCGGAGGCUUGGGGUGAAACGUUGAUCAACCACGGUAGUCCGCAAUGUUACAAUGAAAUAUUUGUUGCUUUCCACGUGAUGCAAAAUCUGAUCGAUCUGGGAAGAGCUGAUGUGCUGUUCGAGAAGCUCAAUAUUUGUCACGAAAUUGAUCCGGAAAACGAAUUUCAGGUGCAAUAUCUGUUCUUUACUCUGAUGGGUUCAAUAGAACUUUUCACUAUUGCCAGAAAAAAUCUUGAUGAUUUUGCCAGUGUGUGUGAGGAUAUAACCAGUGCAGAUGGAGAUACCGCAGUUGAUGCUUUCGCUAACUGGUUCAACAACAGAUGGGGUGAUGAUGAUGAUGAAUGUCUAGUGUCGGAUCCGGAAGUGACUGUAGAAAAAUUGCAAAACAUAGAAUGGGAUUCGCUCUCCAAUCUAAUCGGUGGCCGUCAGGCGUUGUAUCAGGAAUGCAGUGAAUUUGGUUGGUUCUUCACCACGGAUUCACCCUUCCAGCCGUUUGGUGAUCGUGUCAAUAUCGAAUUCUUCAUUGAAAUGUGUCGCCGAGUCUUUGGUGAAUGGAUUACUGGUGAAACGAUCGGCCGAGCUGUCGAUCGUGCGAACAAUCGCUUCGGUGGUGCCAACCCGGGGUCCAGUUUUACACAUUUCGUCAACGGAGGAGCCGAUCCCUGGAGGACGAUCAGUAUUACCCGUAACCUCACGUUGGAUGCCACUUCAGUUGUAAUUCCCAAUCAACUGGGUAGUGCCGAUGUAUAUGCCACUUCUGAGGACGAUGCCCCUGAGCUUCUGGAGGCUAAGCGUAAUUUGAAGGCAAAGCUCGCUGGUUAUCUGUUUCCAAUAGAUCCUUUUGAAAACCCGUAAAAAACUACAAUACUACCGAUGUGUAUUUGGCAGUGUAUUAUAAAGUAAUAAAUUUAUAAACAUUACCACUAA